GUGGCAGUCAUGUGACACUGAGGAUGUAAGCGUUCGUCAAACCUCGAAGAAGAGGACAACAAACGUCUAGGCGGGUGGAGUUGGAGCGGUUGUAGUUUUACAGGGGACUGUGGUGUGAAGAUGCAUCAGUGGGACUUGUCUCCGUUCACGGUGUCUCCAGCUGCCAGCCUGUUGUCCAGAUGUGUCUCCAGGGGAGCUUUGUCUCAGGAGGCAGUAGACUCCGCCUCCUCCAGGUUGAGCCCCGCCUUCUCUGCUCACCUGCGUGAGGCUGAACAGCGCAUCAGAGCGCAGACACAGCUGGACGAGCUGCAGCUUCGGGUGGAGCUGCUGCACGUUGAGAAGGAGAGCGCAGACGCCACCCACAGUUUCUACCUGACUCGGAGGUUCCAGAUGCUGCAGACGUUCUGCGCUCACCUGCAGGAGCUCCUGAAAGAUCAGAACCACCUGAGGCAGAGGCUGAUGAGGCCUCUGGGCCGAACCAACCUGCCCGUCCAGGCCCACCUGCACAGGUUUGUGGUGGACCUGGUGAAGAAGCUGCUGGACUUCAUAGAGACCCUGGAGGGGCAGCUGGUGUCGGUCCGCUGCAGUCCUGCCGCCAGAGACCUCGUCGUUCAGCUGAACACCUCUCUCGCCCAGUUACUGGCUCAUGUAGCCGAGGUGGAGUCUCUGUCCGGUCAGGUUCUCCGGUGGAAGGAGGUCAGCAGCAGUAUGCUGAGUGACAGCUCUGUAUGAUGAGCCCGGACUCCUCCUGGUCCUGCUUGGACGGACAGGGUCUGAACCUGGACUCUGUUCACGGUGCUUCCUGCAGUUAUUAUGAAUUCUUAUCAUCAUGUCAAAUGUUGAAGGCUUCAUGUUCGUUUUUGUAAUAAAAUCAGAUUUUGGGA